GUCAGAGGAGAGUUGACAGGGGCACUUCAGCUUCGGCCUUCUCACUGUGCACACCUACCAGUAUAUAACACACACUCGGAUUCAUUACAUCAUUCUGUGAUUCGGAUCUAUACCAUCAUGAUUCUUGAAGGAAGUAUCCCCGUGAAGAGGCAUUCAUUCUCCAUCGAGAACCUUGCAAAGAGCAGUCGUGACGAGGAACGGACUACCAGGGCCAUGGACUUUGGGGGUCGGUUUCCCAUCAACCUCCCCCUCAGCCUCCCCCCAGUGGAUUGUAAACUAUCUCCCGGACUUACAUACGACCGUGCCUCAUCCCCACAGGAUGUCAAGGUCACUACCGACGCCACCCCUGCGACCAGGAAACGUCCCCGGUCGGACAGUGCAUGUAGCCCUGAUUUCAUGACAAGCACCCCCAAGGGAGGGGACAGGUCACCCUACUCUACCCUCAGCGAGAGGAGCUUCACCCCCUCUGUGUCUGACGAUGACUCAGAUGGCGAACCCUCCAGGAAGAAGAAAGCCCGCACUGCCUUCACGAAUGACCAGGUCACUGCCCUGGAGAAGAAGUUCCGAGAUCAGAAGUAUCUUGCGGCCAGCGAGAGGGCUGACCUCGCUGACCAGCUCAAACUGACUGACCAACAGGUGAAGACAUGGUUCCAGAACCGUCGUAUGAAGGAGAAGCGUCAGUUGAACCACCGAGAGGAGCAGGCCCGCUUCCCCUUCCCUACAGGGGGAGUCGACGUCACCCAGCUCCAGGGGCUCAGAUUCCCAGCCUACCCCCAGAGCCACGACACCACGCCCAGCUUCUCACCCUCGGGACUACCCCACCCCGGGAUGGGCCUCCGCCCUUCCAUGAUGCCCGAGCUCCCACGGCCCACAGGACUCCUACCACCAUCCCUGUCACCCCACCCCCUCGGGUCCAUGUUCUCACCCCAGGGGAGCUACCCCGCCAUGUCUCCACUCGACCACAUGAGACAGAUGAGGUCCCCCAUGAUGUUUCCAAUGUACUAGAGAGAGAGACUCGUCAGCCAUUGCUAGUGGCUGUUAAAAGAAAACCACACGCAGUGCCCGAUUGGACAAUUGUGCAUCCUAAGUGCUAUUUGUAUAUAUUUUGUUUUGCUAUGAGAAUCUGCUCAAGUUUGAAUGUGAGACCGAAUGUGUGUAAAUGCUAAU